GGAAAUCAAAAUCUCGAUUUCACAAUUUCAUCAAAGGCAACUGUUUACAAGCGACUUCCGGUUUAACUCUAUGGACUCCGACGUGACCAUGGUGCCCGCCGGUGAAGGUUCGACUCUUCCAGGACCUUCUUCUUCUUCUUCUUCCAAGAAACCCAAGCGUUUCGAAAUCAAGAAGUGGAAUGCCGUCGCUCUUUGGGCUUGGGUCGUGCAGAUAUUGUGGUUGAUAAUUGCGCCAUUUGCAGGAAUCACAUCAUGGAUCUCUGUAUCGAGUGCCAAGCUAAUCAGGCUAGCGCCACCAGUGAGGAGUGUACCGUCGCUUGGGGUGUGUGCAACCAUGCUUUUCACUUUCACUGCAUCAGUCGGUGGCUGAAGACUCGUCAAGUUUGCCCUCUAGACAACAGUGAAUGGGAGUUUCAGAAAUAUGGGCACUAGAGAAGGCACAUUACUGCAACUGGAGUAUGGAGAAGAGAAGUAUAUGCUGUUUUUUUCUUUUUUCUUUUUUUGUAAUAUUAUGAUGUGUUACUGAAGAUGACAGGGGUAUUUUGGACCAGUAAAAAGAAUAUGUGUGACUGUCAUUUCAUGCUCUCUUUUGGCAAAUGGUGAUCAUGUUUUUGUCUUGUGAUU